UUUGCGAAAAAAAAAAAUUGAAACAAAAAUUGGGUUUUGCUUGCCUAGAUAUCCCAAAGCGAUACGAUUCCUUUAAUUUCGUUGAAACAAAACUCGAAAAAAAAGAGAAAAUCAAAAUCUUGUCCUACUUGAAACGUUUUGUCGUAUUUCAUCAUCAUGGUUGCGUCGAAAAUAAUCUCGAAUUUUCCGAAAAGUGAUAAACGCAUUACAUCAUUAUGCGACUGGAUCGGUCGUAUCAAAAAUAAGAAAAGAGAUUUUCGUCGUUCGAGCCGUUUCAAUCAAAAUUUGCGUGUGAAUGCCGUAUUGGCACAAGCAUUGGAUCGUGCGGAGAACGAGAUGCGCAUUAAGCAACGGGAACGAGCACAAAAGUGGGCCGAUUUUACGGCUGAUGUUAAUAUGCACAUCGAAAAGAACCUGUACGAAGAGGAAGUGAAACAAGAGCAACAUCGCAAAGACGCCGAAGAAUUGUGGAAUGGUGAAUUGAAUGGGCUCGAUAAUUUCAUCAAAAGUCUUAGUCAAAUCAAAACCAACGUUGUUAGAUGAGGGACAGUCAGCCAGUAGAAAAAUGAGAUAAUUUUCCGAAUCUGCAUGACGCUCACAAAAUGGCGCCGACGAUCGAUUUUCGUGUAUGAUGACGCGGUAUAUUCGAUGAGCUAUCGUUAUAGAAUGUAUAUAGCUAUACACCAUCCGUAUAUGCAUUAUAGUUAAUGUCGAUUUAUUAAUAUGAGACAACAACUUUACUACACCUAAAA